CUACAAAGAUCAUCUCAUCAAAUGAAACAAUGUGAAAAAUGGGAGUCUAAACCCCUUCAUGGCCAGUACAUCAGGCAAAUCAACAAAGCAGAUGUCGACAAACAGAGAACGCACAGUUGGUUAAAAGGAACAGGUUUGAAGUCAGAGACAGAGGGGCUUAUUAUAGCAGCACAAGACCAGACGCUGCCUACAAGGUAUUACGAGAAUAAGAUCAUGGGAAAAGAUGUUAAUACUAAAUGCAGAAUCUGCGGUGAUUACGACGACACUGUCGACCACAUCAUAUCUGGAUGUCCUGUUCUUGUUCACUGGAAACUGUGCAAGCAAUAUGGAUUUACUGUCUGCAUAAAAUGGUAUGAGCAUGAACCUGAAAAAGUAAUGGACAACGACACAGCAACAAUCCUAUGUGACAUGCAAGUACAUACGGACAGAACCAUCACAGCUAAUAGACCCGACAUUAUAGUGAAGAACAAAGUAGAGUAACGAUGUUCCUUGAUAGACGUGUCAAUCCCAGCAGAACGAAAUGUGCCCUUAAAACAAGUAGAAAAGCUCUCAAAGUACAAAGAUCUAGAAAUAGAAAUAAAAAAAUGUGGGGUAUGGAAACAAAAACCAUACCUAUUGUCA